AUGAAAGCUGGAUACAGCAUAGGACUUAGCCAGUUUAGCUUUGCAGAUGCUCUAGAUAUCAUUUUAAUGAUUUUGGGAUCCAUCACAGCUGCUGCCACGGGAACCGGACAGCCAAUUAUCAUCAUUAUCUUUGGCCAGAUGACAAACAGUUUUGUGGCAACUAGUUUUAAUGUGUCUACAGGAAAUGCAGAAAUGAAUAACUCAGCAUGUCCUCAAGCUGCUUCAGAUAUAGAAAGUAAAAUGGCCACGCAUGCAUACUACUUUGUUGGAGUUGGCUUUGCCGUACUGAUUUGUAGUUUUAUUCAAAUCUGGACCUUUGUGACUACAUCUGCAAGACAAACAGCAAGGAUACGUGACAAAUUCUUUUUUGCUGUUCUUCAUCAAGAAAUGGCCUGGUUUGAUACUACACCAGUUGGAACACUGAAUACAAGACUGACAGAGGAUAUUAACACAAUUCACAAAGGCAUUGGAGACAAGAUCAGUUUAAUAAUUCAAGAUUUUUCAACAUUUCUGACAGGCAUUAUAAUAGGAUUUGUGUAUGGAUGGAAACUGACCCUGGUGAUAUUGUCUGUUACCCCUCUUAUUGCUGUCUCUGGGGCCAUAUGGUCGUAUAUACUAUCAGUAUUGACUGCAAAGGAGCUAUCAGCUUAUGCCAAGGCAGGAUCUGUGGCAGAAGAAAUCUUGACAGCCAUCAGGACAGUUGUUGCUUUCAACGGACAGAAGAGAGCUAUAGAAAGGUAUGAUGCAAACCUAGAAGAGGCUAGGUCUAUUGGAACAAAAAAGGCUAUCACCACUAAUAUUUCAAUGGGUGUGUCCCAGUUUUUGACAUUUGGAUGCUAUGCCCUUGCUUUUUGGUAUGGAACCAAGCUCACGGUAGAUGAAAAGGAUAAUUAUGAUAUUGGAACAGUACUAAUUAUUUUCUUUUCUGUGCUUAUUGGUGCAUUUUCCCUUGGACAGGCUUCUCCCAAUUUGGAGACUGUGGCCAAUGCCCGUGGAGCAGCCUAUGAAGUCUUUAAAAUUAUCAAAAAGCCCCGCCCCAUAGAUAGCAGUUCCACUGAAGGAUUCAAGCUAGAUAAACUCCGAGGAGAAAUUGAAUUCAAAAAUAUCCAUUUCAGUUAUCCUUCUAGACCUGAUAUUCAAAUUCUUAAAGGUUUGAAUUUAAAAAUACAACCCGGGAAGACCAUUGCUCUUGUUGGUUCCAGUGGCUGUGGGAAAAGCACUACCAUUCAACUCUUGCAAAGAUUCUAUGAUCCAGCACAAGGACAGAUUACUAUAGAUGGGCAUGAUAUUCGGACACUUAACAUCAAGUGGAUGAGGGAAAACAUUGGCAUUGUAAGCCAAGAACCAGUUUUGUUUGCUACCACAAUUGCAGGCAACAUUCGUUAUGGCAGAGAAGAUAUUACUGAUGCUGAAAUUGAACAAGCAGCCAAAGAAGCAAAUGCUUAUGACUUCAUAUCGAAACUUCCGGAUAAAUUUAAUACCAUGGUUGGAGAAAGAGGAGCCCAGCUCAGUGGGGGUCAGAAACAGCGUAUUGCUAUUGCUCGUGCCCUGUCCAGAAACCCCAAGAUCUUGCUGCUGGAUGAAGCCACCUCUGCUCUAGAUAAUCAGAGUGAAUCCAUAGUGCAAGCAGCACUUGAUAAGGCCAGGACUGGGCGCACCACCAUUGUAAUUGCUCACAGACUCUCUACAAUCAGGACAGCUGAUGUUAUUGCUGGCUUUGAGAAGGGUGUUCUGGUCGAACAGGGGACACAUAAUGAACUCAUGGCACAUAAAGGAGUUUACUAUGCCCUUGUGAUGCAGCAGAGUUGUCAGGGAGAGGAACAAGAGAGUGAAACAUCAAAUGAAGAGACAGAAUCUGAGAUGGAGGAUGAAGACAGUGAAAAUUCUGAGAAAGAAGAUUUAAAUGAAAGAGUAGAUCUAAAUGAUUUGGGAAAUCCUAAUGGUGGCAUAGAAGUGGCUAAGAGGGGAAGUUUUCGAAGAAUAUCCAACAGACGUGGCCUUGGUAGGGCUUCUACGAAAAGAUCCUCUGAAAGGAAAAAGAGGAAGAAACAGAAGAAGAAACCAAAGAAGGACCACGUGGAACAGACCCUCCAAGAGGUUCCUUAUACCAGGAUUCUGGCUCUGAAUAAGCCUGAAUUCUGCUAUAUAGUGGUUGGAGUCAUUGCUGCUGCCAUUGGAGGAGGGGUUGUUCCUGCCUUUGCAGUUCUGUUUGGCAAAAUCAUUGGGGCUUUCCAAGAACAAGAUGAUGUAAAGAAAAGCCGCAAUACAGUGCUGUAUUCUCUCAUGUUUCUUGUGUUGGGAGUGAUCAGUUUAAUAACUUAUACAAUCCAGGGAUUCACCUUUGGGAAGUCUGGAGAAGCUCUCACCAUGCGGUUGCGCUCUCUUUCCUUCAAAGCGUUGCUGCAGCAGGAAAUUGGCUGGUUUGAUGAUCACAAUAAUGGUAUUGGAGUUCUGUUAACCAGGCUUUCAACAGAUGCUUCUCAAGUUAAAGGAGCUACUGGAAGUCGAUUGGCCUUAUUAACCAUGACCACCUUUACACUUGUGACAGCUCUUAUUAUUGCUUUUGCACACGGUUGGCAAUUAACACUGCUCAUCCUGGCUUGUAUUCCCUUCAUCAUUGUUGCAAAGGCUAUUCAAGCGAAAUCGACGGAAGGUCAUGCAGCUAAGGAUCAAAAAUCCCUUGAAGAAGCUGGAAGGAUUUCAACAGAAGUUGUAGAAAAUAUAAGAACUGUAGUGGCAUUAACAAGAGAAGAGAGAUUUUUUGAGAACUACAAAGCAAGCUUAUAUGAACCAUACAAGGACACCCUGAAGAAUGCUCCUAUUAAUGGGUUUUCCUAUGCCAUAGGCCAGUGUUUCAACUUUUUUAUAAAUGCAGCUGUCUUCAGAUUCGGAGCGUGGCUUAUUGCCCACUGUUUUAUGAACUAUGAACAACUGUUUAUAGUCUUCUCAUCAGUGAUUUUUGCUGCAAUGAAUGCUGGCCAAGCUAAUUCUCUUGCACCUGAUUUUAGCAAAUCAAAGGUUUCUGCCCAAAGAAUAUUUCAGCUUUUGGAUCGAAAGCCUCUAAUUGACAGCUAUAAUGAAGAAGGGGAAAAAUUAGAGAAAUUUGAAGGCAACAUUGAAUUCAAAGACAUCCAUUUUGCAUAUCCAACCAGACCAGAAGUUCAGGUUUUGCAAGGGCUCAAUGUAAAGAUUAAGAAGGGCCAGACUCUGGCUCUGGUGGGUAGCAGCGGCUGUGGCAAGAGCACUUCGAUUCAGCUUCUAGAGCGAUUCUAUGACCCCCUUUCAGGACAAGUG